AUAAUCAUAGAGUCGAUAAACGGUGUCUUGUAUUAUUAGGUGCUUGAGUUUUUUUUUUUUUACGGGAAAAUGCACUCUCUUAAGGACUUGCUACGCUGUUUCAUGUAAUGCUCUGUAGACUGUUUAAAUACUCUCGGUCCAGCUCUACCGUUUCCCACGUUGCGAUUCGUAGUGCUCGCGGAGUGUCGAAAGAUCAACCGAGUGCGUCCAACCGAUCUCGUUAUUACGAGGGCUGAAAUUGUUCAGCAUCCUGCGCCUCUGUUAGACUAGACUAUGUGAAUGGUGCACCACAGGAUCAGGAAAGAGGAUGUACUCGGGGAAUUUGACCUGGACGGUCUUAUUAGGCUCAGAGUUCAAGAACAAGGUUCGAUCGGCCGCAGCUCUCUCUAUAAGCACAGUACGCCGAGCGUUUCUCUUCUCCCAAAGGUCUUGAACAUCCGAAUAGUAUUCGAUAGCUCGGGUGAGGGGAGAUCGGUCACUACCGGAGAUGCUUUGUUCGAGUUUGUAGAGAGCGAUCGUACCGACAACUGCCGCAAUCGAGAGAUAGAACCCUUUUCCAAAGGCUGGUGAAACAUUAAUCAAUAUCUAACUCAAAUACAUCAACAGGCCCUUUCCGGUGGGACCUACACUCUUCGGGAUAUUCGGGCGGCGGUGUAAAGUGAUGGAUCUCCUGGCCGUCUGGGGCAUUCGGAGGAGCUGCUUUACCCUUCUGAGCGUCGGUCAAGGUAGCACCAUGGCGUCGGCCCAGAACUGUUCUCGAGGAGCAGAAAACAGCCCUGCCGCUGCUUCGGAAGGCGAGCAUAACGAAGAAAUUAAAGGGAGACGGUGCACGAGUAUUUUGAAUGAAUAUGGGAUGAAGUUUGACUUCGGAAAUGGGUUGGGGUUGGCUGUGUACCGUAUGAAUCUCCUCCAAUAAUAGCCGGGUAACCUUACGUAUAGCGGACGCCGCGACUGUGGCUUUCUCUGGACAAUAAACUGGUUUAAUUUCUAGUCCAUCCUAGCAACUCAACAGCACCAUCUCAUCUCUCACUCACUCCACUCCACCCCCAUCUCACACAAGCUACUUCUUCUUCACCAUCGAGAACUAUGGCUUCUAGGUUUCCAUCCAUUGAGGAGUUCGAUGAGGGGCAAACAUCUGCUGCCACUGGUGGCGAAACCCCUUUGGAUCUUGGACUCGGCGAAACAGGCGGAAUGAAUUUCUCUGAGCGCGAGAGACUCGCUUUGGGAGAAGACGCAGCCCUUUUUGCUAAUCCAGCCGAUUCUGAUCUUCUUGGUGGGAAUAGCGAUGCCCAGGAGAAAUUCCAGCAGGAUUCCUAUGAGGGUACUUACUUCCCAGCUCUCGAUAAUCCGGUAGGUGGAGCAAUGCUGCAGGCCUCCCGCUUUUUUUUUUUGCUCGAGUCUUCUAGAAGAAGGUAUAUCUUCUAAUCCUAGGGUUCCCUGGGCAGAGCAUCGGUCCCGGGGGUGUCAUCACUGGAACCUCGGAGCCUUACCUCCCGAAUCAGAAUACUUAUUCCGGGAUGCCAAUGCAGCCCGAGGAAGAGGAACCCGAAGUAAUCAAGUUAGACAUCCUAAACUUCCACGAGUCUAUGUUACGGACCCUUCAGCUAACCCGAAACCCAUAGGCAAUGGCGCGAACGUCAAACUCUUGAGAUUCAGCGCCGUGAUGAGCUCUCGGAAACUCGCAAGCGCGAGACUAUCGAGAAAGCUCAGCGCGCCGUCGACGACUUCUAUGAGAACUACAACUCCAAGCGUGACAAGGCCAUCGAGGUGACCCGGUAAUCACAUUUAUGCCAACGCUCUCUGCGAAAAGUUAACGAUAGUACAAUAGUGCCGAAGCGCAGGAGUUCUUGGACUCUCGCGAGAAUACUACUUCCGGAGGCACUUCUUGGGAGAGGAUUGCAAAACUUGUUGACCUGACAGAAAAGGGUGCAAAGGCUGGCAAAAGCGACAAGACCAGAUUUAGGGAAAUGCUCUUGAGCUUGAAAAAGGACGAGAAGGUAAGCAUGUGAAAUAGGGCUAUUUCACUCCAGUUCUAGCUCUAACUUCAUAUCGCUUAGGCACCUGGCGCUAGUGGUUUCUGAAAUCCCUGAUGGGUACGGUUUAUCGGUAGGUCGUCUUUUUCUAAAAAAAAAAGGGCAAAAAAAAACAAGCAAGUAGGCGGGGAGCAUAGAAAUUCUAAUUUGUUUCCUUUUGUCCUCGUAUAUCUUUCUGUGCUGGGAGAAUGUACGAAACUGUAGCAGGGGCGUUGGCGGACAUUUCUAUUUUCCUUGUAGGAUACCUUUAUUGCUGCUGGUGUAGCCAC